AUGGUUGAUUGGCCUAGGCCAACAACAUUAAGGGCCCUCAGAGGAUUUUUGGGGUUAACAGGUUAUUAUGGAAAGUGGAACCAUGAAGCUGAACUAGCCUUCAUUGCUCUGAAAAGAGCAAUGUCCACCACUCCUGUUCUAAGUUUUCCAAACUACUUAAAGGAAUUUUUGGUAGAAACUGAUGCUAGGCAUUGGUGCAGUCUUAAUGUAGGAUGGAAGGCCCAUUACAUAUCUCAGUAA